CGCGCCGCCACCCUCUGCUCUCGCGCGCGCCGGGUGCUCGGGCUCCGCUCCCUGCAGGAACCCAUUGUAAGAGCCAGUAAAUCCUGUGGAAAAUGGCCUUCAGCGAUCUUACAUCGAGGACUGUGCGUCUUUAUGGUAAUUGGAUCAAGGAUGCUGAUCCAAGAGUUGAAGACUGGUUCCUCAUGUCCUCACCUCUGCCACAAACCAUCAUCUUGGGGCUCUAUGUUUAUUUUGUCAUGUCUCUGGGACCAAAGCUCAUGGAAAAUCGAAAGCCCUUUGAACUCAAGAAAGCGAUGAUAACGUACAAUUUUUUCAUAGUACUCUUUUCUGUAUAUAUGUGUUAUGAGUUUGUGAUGUCUGGCUGGGGUACAGGUUAUUCAUUUCGAUGCGAAAUUGUUGACUAUUCACGGUCGCCUACAGCGUUGAGGAUGGCACGCACCUGCUGGCUUUAUUACUUCUCCAAAUUUAUCGAGCUAUUAGAUACUGUCUUUUUUGUUCUGCGUAAGAAAAAUAGCCAAGUGACUUUUCUGCAUGUCUUCCAUCAUACCAUCAUGCCAUGGACCUGGUGGUUUGGAGUCAAAUUUGCUGCAGGUGGUUUGGGAACAUUCCAUGCCUUUCUAAAUACAGCUGUGCAUGUAGUCAUGUAUUCCUACUAUGGACUGUGUGCACUGGGACCAGCCUACCAGAAGUAUUUGUGGUGGAAAAAAUAUUUGACGUCAUUGCAGCUUGUCCAGUUCAUUAUUGUCACCAUCCACAUAGGACAGUUCUUUUUCAUGGAGGAUUGCAAGUACCAGUUUCCAGUCUUUCUGUACAUCAUUAUGAGUUAUGGGUGCAUCUUUUUGCUGCUCUUUCUCCAUUUUUGGUAUCGUGCUUACACCAAAGGCCAGAGGCCGCCCAAAACAGUGAAAAAUGGAAUCUGCAAAAACAAAGAUCACUGAAAGUCAAGCACAACAUGAAUCUAUGAAUGAGACUGACACCUUGUCUUCCUUGACAAUCAAGAGAUAUAUCUAUGUGCAGUGCAUUUUGUAUAUUUUUCCAAAGCAAGAGCUUGUAUUUUUAUGAUAAGUUAUUGGGGUUUCUGAUAUUUGAGAGCCCAAACUACCAGAUAACAGAGUCUUCUGAUAAUUAGAGCCUAAAGCAGCCAGUUUUUCAGCUGUUUGUAAGCCUCACCCAAAGGUUUUGUUUAACACAUUUUGUUAAUAAAAGGAUCAUGUGAAAUAGUACAGUACUUUUCAAAGAGUUGGGUAUAAAUGAAAAAUAUCAUUAGAUAUUUUGAGUACAGACAGGGGUCCAUGCUGUACAGUGGAUUCCUUCCGCUGGGUCAGAACCUCUACCUGUGGGCUCUGGCUUUGUAGCUUGUGGACUGCAUUCAGAAGGCACUGUGUUUAUUCUAGAGUUAAAUUCCCACUCCAGAGAACUCACAAAGUGAACAUUAAAUGAAUUUGGGAUAAGUUGUCGUUUAAAAACACUAAUAAUAAUUUUUAAUGGGUCUCUUGAGUAGUCGCCACCAGUUUUGCUGAUAAGACUUUCUCGCAGCCUUUUGUUGCAUGAAGUGUUCAGAAGUACCAAUCUUUCGAUGAGCACAAUGAGGCACUUAACACUAAGGUUAAGUAAAAAAAACAGGUGGUUUGUUCUCAUGGCUUAAUGAACACUUUGCUAUUACUGUUUUUCAAUUAUCUUUGUAUAUUUCUGGAAAGAGGUGAAUUUGUCAAUGGAAAAAGUACUGUGUAGUUCACUGGGAAAAAAAAUCUGUUGUCUGUUGUAUUAGGAUGUCACUUUCUUAUAUUGUCAUAGUUUACAAGAUUAUCUUCGUUAAAUAUAUAUUGGUUAGAUGUGUAGAUGUUCAUGUCAUUAACAUAUUGCAGGUACCCUCAAAUCAUAAAUGAUUUUAGACCACUCAUCACAGUUUCCAGAGAUGUGUUAGAGUGGCUUGUGAAAUAAUUGGAGGCAAUAGUGACACAGAGAUUAUCCAGGGAAGACUUAGUUAUAUAAGGGUCUCUCUCAAUAGUGAGAGAGAGAGAGAGACCACACAAUAGUAAUUGUUAUA